UUUCUUAAACUCUUUACGGAUGUUUCUAAAAUUUCUUUUUCGGGGACGACUGUAGCAAAACACGCGUGUUGUAGGGAAGGAAUGAACAAGUGGAUGUUCAAUGAUAAAAAAAUCACAUACAUAGAUUUGUGGUGUAAAAAGCAAAGGAAAAAGAUGCAAAACGAAUCAGGAAACGUUGUUGACCUCUAUAUCCCAAGAAAGUGCUCUGCUACUAGUAAUUUGAUUGGUGCAAAAGAUCAUGCAUCUGUUCAACUGUCUAUUGCUGAGAUAGAUGAAGAAGGUCGAAUGACUGGUUCAUUUAAGACUUAUGCUUUUUGUGGUAAACUAAGAGCUAUGGGUGAAUCAGACGAUAUGUUAAACCAUCUAUGUCUUCGCGAUGGAAUUUUGCCAAAGAAUUAUGAAUUGUAAACGUUUGGUUAAGAAGAUUGUGAUAACUUA